AUGGAAGAAGGUAGCAAUGUCGGACGCGUGCUUGAUCGACUGAUACGCGGAGUGAAAGCUAUUGGAGAACACUUGAAAUUUACUCGAGAUGAAAGAUUAGGUUGGCUCACAUUUUGUCCUACAAAUUUGGGGUCUACUAUUCGUGCUUCUGUACAUAUUUACUUGCCAAAAGUGUCAGCUCGAAAGGACUUUAAGGAAAUCUGUGAAAAAUUAAACCUUCAAGUUCGUGGAAUCCAUGGGGAGCAUUCAGAAAGUAAAGGAAGCGUUUAUGAUAUCUCUAACAAAAGGCGGUUGGGAAUUUCGGAAUACGAGGCCGUGAAACAGAUGUAUGAUGGAGUCAAAGAACUUAUUCGGUUAGAGAAAGAGAUGAAAUAA